AUGAUGUAAAAUAAUAUAAUAAUUAUUGUUUCUGUUGAAAAAACUAAAAAGUGUUUUAAGACAAUCUUAGAGAAUUUACAAGCCCAGUCCUUAUAUUUUCAGUUAAUUGCGUUUAGCUCCCAAAUUGCGCAACAAGUAGUACUAUGCCUUUGCCCCCCUUGUACUAGAGCAAUUUUGAAUUUUCAAAUUUUGCAGGGUUAGGGUUUUGGUGAAAAAAGAGGGGUUUUGCUCGUGUUCACGAAAGAAAUGAUGAUUAUGAUUAGGGUUUUCGAUUAUUGAUGCUUGAUUAUUCAAAUCCAUCCCCCGACUUUGCAUAAUCCCCCGGAAUUUUCUGUCUUCGUCCUUUUUUUUUUUUUUGAUUUUUUUUUUCCGAUUCAAUUAUAUUUCGUAAAUCGGGUGAAUUUCUUCGUGGGUGGCUUGAAAAGUAUACACAUUGGCUGAUUGAAGAGUUCUCUCAAUCCCGCCUGUACGUGCCGGAAUAAAUGGAGGCUAUUCUUACAGAUUGUGUUCGGAACAGCUUGCAGCACUUAAUUUACCGUAAUGCCAUUUUCAUGUGCGAGCGCCUCUGCGCCGAGUUUCCUUCUGAGAAAAAUAUGCAGUUGCUUGCUAGCUGUUACUUGCAAAACAAUCAGGCGCACUGUGCUUACCACAUUUUAAAAGGAACACAUAUGGCUCAAUCCCGUUACUUGUUCGCACUGUCAUGCUUUCAGAUGGAUCUAUUGAAUGAAGCAGAAGCAGCAUUAUCCCCUAAUGAGUCCUGUCCAGAGGUUCCAAAUGGAGCUGCCGGGCAUUACCUUCUUGGACUUGUAUACAGGUAUACAGAUAGAAGGCAGAGUGCUAUAAAUCACUUCAACCAGGCUUUGUCACUGGAUCCGUUACUAUGGGCUGCUUAUGAGGAACUCUGUGUAUUAGGUGCGGCUGAAGAAGCUCCUAAAGUCUUUGAUGAAGGAGCUUCAUUGUGCAUUCAAAAGCAAUACAUACAUCAAGGGUCGACUUCCCAGAGUUUUCAGGCGCAAAACGAGGAGCAUGAAAUUUCUAUGAACAGAAGUUUAGGCUCAGAAGAUGUUAGUCCUAGGAAACAAAAGCAUAUACACGGCCAUAACCUACGAGAUGUAUCCGGAAACCAUCAUGGAACAAUAUCCAAUCAGCCUCUAAAUGGUGGGCCCACCACUAGUUUGCCGUUCUACAAUACUCCUUCUCCGAUGGCUGCCCAGUCACAGUUGUCAGGUGUUGCUCCACCUCCCUUGUGUAGAAAUGCACUGCCAAAUGGUCCAAGCACGAGAACAUACGGAGCUGAUAGCACUCCACGAGUAACGGUGAACACUGCCAUUCCAGGCCCUAGAAGAAAAUUUGUCGACGAAGGAAAGUUAAGAAAGGUAUCUGAGAGGCUAUUUUCAGACUCUGGGCAGCGACGAAGCAUGAGACUCGCUGGAGAAUCUGUUAACACAAGUUCAAGUACGUCCAUAAUUUCUGGGAAUUUAAUAAGCCACUCUUCUAAGUAUCUUGGAGGUUGUAAGUCAGGCAUGUUGUCCUCAAGAUCUUUGACAAUUAGAAAGGGUCAGUCAUGGGCAAGCGAGAAUGCAGAUGAAGGGGGUCAUCAAGAAAUAUGUGACGAAUCUAGAUUAAAUAUUAGUAAUUCGAGCUCAUCCCCAUGUGGCGGUAACGGGUCCGUUGAACCAGAAGGAGCAAUAAGGUCCUCAGGUGCUUUGAGCAGCUCGAAAGUCAUAGGUGGUGCUUCUGAUGUAUUGAGUCUUUUAAGGCUUCUUGGGGAAGGUUUCAGACUUUCCUGUCUCUGCAGAUGCCAGGAUGCACUUAAUAUCUAUAUGAAACUUCCACAAAAGCAUUAUAAUACCGGAUGGGUGCUUUCUCAGGUCGGGAGAGCAUAUUUUGAAUUGGUUGAUUACCUUGAAGCCAAUCGCGCUUUCAGUCUUGCACGUAUUGCCUCUCCUUACAGUCUGGAGGGAAUGGAUAUAUAUUCUACAGUUCUAUAUCAUCUGAAGGAAGAUAUGAAGUUGAGUUACCUGGCUCAAGAGCUGAUAUCCACUGACCGAUUAGCUCCUCAAUCAUGGUGCGCAAUGGGAAAUUGCUAUAGCUUACAGAAAGACCACGAAACUGCUCUGAAGAAUUUCCAACGAUCUGUGCAACUAAACUCCAGAUUUGCAUAUGCCCAUACCUUAUGUGGUCACGAAUAUGUUGCCUUGGAGGAUUUCGAAAAUGGUAUUAAGAGUUACCAAACUGCCCUUCGGAUAGACUCAAGGCACUACAAUGCUUGGUAUGGACUUGGAAUGGUAUAUCUCCGACAAGAGAAGUUUGAGUUCUCAGAGCAUCAUUUCCGUAUGGCUUCACAAAUCAAUCCACUUUCCUCUGUUAUAAUGUCGUACCUCGGAACUGCUUUGCAUGCAUUGAAGAGAAAUAAUGAAGCACUAGAGAUGAUGGAAAGAGCUGUUUUAGCCGAUAAGAAGAAUCCUCUCCCUCUCUAUCAGAAGGCAAAUAUUCUUGUGAGCAUGGAAAAUCUUGACGGGGCUUUAGGGGUACUUGAGGAACUCAAAGAGUACGCUCCAUGCGAGAGUAGUGUUUAUGCAUUAAUGGGUAGCAUUUACAAGCGGCGUAAUAUGUACGACAAGGCCAUGCUUCAUUUCGGACUAGCGUUGGAUUUAAAACCGUCUGCAACUGAUGUUGCUGCUAUUAAGGCUGCCAUUGAGAAGUUGCAUGUGCCAGAUGAAAUCGAGGAUAUUUGUGAAUCUAGUGAUUGAAUUACUGAAAGCUAAGGUUGGUUGUUUGACUUAUGUGGUGCAUGGUGGUGAUCCUCUACAAUUAACCUCUGCUUGUGCCCUCGGCUGGAUCCGCUUGAUAACCUGCUUCGGGUCUUCUUGCACAUUGAAACUGUUCGGAUUUGUUGCACGGUUUGGGUAAAAGGAGAAAAGCCGAUCGAUCGAUCACCGGAGGGAAAUUUGUGUUGAUGCGCCAAACGAAGUACACAUAAGAUGAAAAAAGUUGGAAUUGUAGCUCAAUUUAGAUCAUUGUAUUUAGGCAAAUAAAAGUGAAAUUUUGUAAUUUCUAUAUAUAUGUUUUUUUCUUUUUCCCAUGGCUAUUGAAUUCUCAUGUCUCAUUUA